AUUUAUUAGUGAAUAUAUCAAAAGCUUGUCUUUGCUGUAUUUUAUUUUCAAGCUCAAGAGCUUGUUAACCUUAGUUUGCAGAGAGAGGGGGUGUUUGAAAAUUAGCAAGCUAGGUUAGGCUAAGUUGUUUUUAGCCCUUUCGCUCUGCGUUUACUUUUAUGGAGUUAGUAGUCUCCCGAAUUUCCACAUUAGCAAAAAUAAGCCAAUAUUACCCACCUAUGGAGCAGAAAUGUAAUAAUAUAAUCAUAUUGGUUCAUGCUUUUCAAUAUUUGGAAGUCUGUUUGCUAUCUGAACAUCUCCGAUGCCGUGAGCAGAGAGAGAACUCCUAGGCCAUUUGGACGUUUGAAUUUUUAUGUUUUUCCAUUCAUGUUUUUUCUUGAGUAUUUACAAAAUUUGCACAAAAAACCCCCAAAACUGGUGGAUAGAAAACCAACUACUGGAUGUGAUGCUAGUGUAAUUCUGCAAUUUAAAAAAAAGAACUGUAAUUGACAAUUUUGCUUGCGACUUAGCUUUAGCGUUGCUUGGUUUUAUUUGCCAACAUGCUACCUUGUCAUAUCUGCGGGCAUAAAUCUAAAGACAUAGUGGCUUAUGUAAAACAUAUGAGACUGCACAGCAGUGUCCCUAAUGUAGUAUUUCAGUGUUGCAUGGCUGAUUGCAGUAGGACCUUCAGAAAAGUUGCAGCUUUGAAAUCACAUAUUUACCGACAUCAUAAGGAACAAGUAAUGGAGCCUAGAUUGAGCCUUGCAGCAAACUUAACUUGCCAUGUUGACUUUUGUAGUGCCACAUGUGAUUCUUUGACACUGUUUUAUUCUCAUCUUAAAAUGCAUAUCAAAGAGGGACGAACUGUUGCAUGUCCUUUUAAGCAUUGUGAUAAAACAUUUACUGUAUUAUCAUCAUUUACCUCUCACAUGUCUAGGCGACAUAAAAAAUGUGCAGAAAGAAGUUUAAUUGACUCUAUUACUACUACAGGAGUGCUAUCUGGAGCUGGUGCCUCUCAGAAUAGUGACAGCGAUUUGCAGUGUAAUAUGCAGACUGAUGCUUGUGACAGUUAUGAAGAACUGGACAUCAGUCCAGAAAACAUUGAAAAUGACUUGUUUUUGAAAAAUCUGGCUCUGUUUUAUCUUAAAUUACAAGCAAAAUUAUUGCUUCCAUCAUCUGUCAUUCAGACAAUCAUUGAAGAUAUGCAGUCAAUACACAAUGUCAAUCAGUCACAUUUACUUUUUAAGCUGAAUGAAAAGUUAGUUACACUUGGGGUUCCAGAGGCUACCAUAAACACUGUGAUUAAUGAUCUGAAAGCAGCAGAUCUCUUUGGGGCAUGCAAUAGUCAAACAUUAAAAACGGAUCAGCGAAGAAAGACAGUGUUCAAGAAUAGCUUUCAUUAUGUGGAGCCAAUUCCAGUUUGUCUAGGAAAGAAAGAUGCAGGGAAAGAGUGUUUUGCCCAGUAUGUCCCAGUAAAACAAACAAUUGAGGCUCUUUUUCAGUGCACAUCUGUAAGGGAACAGUAUCAUAAAGUACAUGGACGUAGCCAGUUAAAGGAGGUUAUCAAAGAUGUGUGGGAUGGCGAAAACAUUACUGAAAAAUUCCUUGAAGUAGGAACAAUGACGACCAUGUUUGAAGAGUUGAAGGCGAUUAUCCUGAGGGCUCUGCCAACUAUUGAUGAAAACACUGUUCAGAAGUUGAUAAACCAGCUACAAACCUCUGGGUUGGAAUCAAUAGAUGACCUUAAAUAUGUAAGGCAAGAAGACAUUGCUGACCUGCUUCCCAUCAUUCAACAGCGCAAGCUACUGGAUGCAUUUAAAAUGGAAACAGAAAUCAUUACUUUGAAUCUCCAGAUUGAGCCUACAGCCACCUCCCCAGGAAGCAGCGUUUUGUCUUCACUGCCGUGCUCCACUCAAUCCAGUGUAAGGAUGAGUACUUCAACAGGGUCCAGUAGCCAAGAAAACUGUGAGCCACCCUCCCUCAUAAGAAAGGCAUGGACAGAAACCUUCCAGGUUCCAUGGAAUCUUAUGCCUGUCGAGGUUCAAACAGCCAUCUCUGAAGGUAAGAGACCUUCACCUGCAGCAAGACGGCAGAUGGUUAGAGUGCUGGCAGAUGAAAUGAGGAAGUAUGACUUAAACCCUACACGCUCACAAUGUCUCAGUGUUUGCCGAAGCAUCAUCCAUCAGUACCCCAAGAGUUUUGCAGAUCAACGUGAAAAUGGUCAAUUAUUAGGUGGUGGCUAUACUUCACUUUUAAUUCAACUCAAAACCAGAAUUGAAAACCUCAAUCGUACCAGCAGCUUUAGGCAACACCGUACUUCAGACCUUGGUGGUAAAAGAGGCCCUACUGACAUAUAUGGGUGUACCAGAUUCCAGCCUGACCUCCCUCCAGAGGAGACUAAUGACACAGUGGAGGUGAAACGACAAAAGUUGGAGGACAUAUAUGGUCAGGAAGGUGUAAAAGGUAGUGAGAGAUCAGAAGUAAAGCAGCUUAUGGAAACCACUUUCUGCCUCCAGCGUUGCCAUAUAAAUGCACUGCCAGCACCAGCUAUUGCAGACAUAAGGGACAAAUGGCCAUACCUCUUCACCCAAAAAGGCCUCUAUGCGCAUUUUGAGCUUUUAACUGAUAUCAACGUGCUCCGUGCACUUGAAUUCAGUAUGGAGGAGUGUGGAAAAAAUAUUGUGGAAUUCUUUAAGAGCAAACCCACGAAUGACAAAGUUCAAGCAGUUCUGUCUGAAGAUGAUGUUGAGUUGUCCCUCCGUGUCAUCCAGCUUCUGAUGGCUCACUUUGAAGAGAGCAUCGAGGGACUAGUCCUUUUUGAAAAUUCGUUUGCCACUGCAGCUGACUUGGAGAGCAUGCUCACCCUACCGGCAACUCCUCGGUUGCUGCUGCUUCGUGAGAAAACAUCCGGCCGUAUUGAGCACUGGAUGGUCAGUCUUGAGGGACACAUCAUCUGUGAGGGCAUACAGCCAACUUUCUUGACCGGUCUUGCUGCUGUGUUUUCUACAUUCUACAGCUUCAAUCUUCAAUAUCAAGAAGAAGCCGCAUGUACACUCGAAUUCAUUCAAAGACGCUUUGUGGGAAUAAACCCAGAGAGGGGCACAAAGGCUGGACGGGGCAAAGUGCCGUCGAAGAAAACUGGCAGAGUCAUCCAUAAGAAAAUAACAACAGUCAAUCGCAACGUCUCCACUCUCUUGAGGAAGCUUGUGGACUUUGAGUGGGAUUUCAUAUAAGUCAGUGAGCUCACACAGUCACUCACAUGACACCCUAUUGCUCUCUCACCUACAUUCAUUACUGUCAACAGCCAUUACUGGCUGUUUUGAAUUGUUAUACUUGUAUACUGCACCAUAUGCUGUACACUGAAUUUACACUGUACACUGUUUACAGUAUAAUAUCCAUUUAGCUUAUGUGGCACAUAUGAUCGGCUAUAUAGUCACAUGACUCUCAGAUAAUACCAGUAUUAGCAAGGUGAAAUUUACAAGUAUUUAUACUGGCAUUCUUUCCUUGAUUUUGAUAAUGUAGCAUUUUGGUCAUCAAUGUCUGUGACACAGCUUGAUACCUGAGAACACGAAUUUGGUUUUGAUAAUAUGGCAGCUACAGUUUUUAGUUUGUUUUCUUCAUUUAUUUAUGUUUUUUUUAUUUGCUGUAAGUUCUAUAAGCUGAAUAUUUUGUCACAGACUGAUUAUAGAAAAUGGGGAAAAAAAUUUGUUUAUGCUGAUAUUGUAUUCAAAGAGAAACUUGAGAAUACUUGCUGUAUGUUCUUAUGCCUAAAUGCUUUUCUUUGUUGAAAUUAUAUUUUCUUGUGUGAAAAAUAUUCAAAUAUAUCACAAGUGGAAUCAAAACUUUAUUUACAAUAAACGAACAAGUGUUGUGCAAGA